AUGCCUCGAAUGUCGCCCGAGCUGUUGCUCUCCUCGCACUCCUACCUCAAUCCGCUCGCCGACCGGGAACUCGACCUGCGCGGAUACCAGAUCCCGGCGAUCGAAAACCUCGGAGUGACUAAAGACUCCCUGGAUACCAUCGAUCUGACGGACAAUUCGAUCCGCUCGUUGAUCAAUUUCCCCAAGAUGAGCCGGCUCAAACACUUGUAUCUAUCCAACAAUCCGCUCAGCUUCGUCUCGCCCAAGCUGCCCGAAGCGCUGCCCAACCUGAGCUCCCUGGUGUUGAGUAACUGCAAGCUCAACAACUUCAGCCAGUUGGUCGGCAUCUUGAAGGCCUUCACGCGACUCGAGUUCUUGGUCUUGGCCGACAACCCCGUCGCGUCCCAUAAGCUCUAUCGCGAUUGGUGUAUCUUUAAUUGUCUCAAACUCAGGGUCUUGGACUUCAAAAGAGUCAAGGAUAAAGAACGAAAGACAUCCCGCGAGUUAUUCUAUGAUCCAAUGACCAAAGGGCCCACGGGGCUUGCGGCGGCCUUAUCGAUAGUCGAGAGCGUGGAGGGAGAAACAACAACAGGAGGAGAAGAAGAGAGCACGAUCGAGCUGGGAAGCAAGCCGAAGAUCGAGCCUGGCCAAGCCGGCCGGACACUGACGGCGCCGGAACGGGAGCGGAUCAAACGGGCGAUCGAGCAGGCUACCUCGGUCGAGGAGGUCCGCAGACUCAAGCGGAUGCUCGAACAGGGCUUCAUUCCCAGAGACGAUCCCAAGAAUCUCGCGCCUUCUCUCGCUCCUCCUCCUCCUACUUCUACUCCUUCUGUCAUCGAUCCUUAAUCAUUAGAAUCUUAUAUCAAUCGCUGCAAUCAAGAUACCAUGAAAAC